AUGGUUGAUGAGGGCCAGGAGUAUAUCAGGCGAGGUCGAGUCCUUGAAGAGCCCGUCGAGAAGACAUGGUGCCGUGGUCCCGGUGAAGAAGGAGAAGACUGA